UCACCCACCAACCAUUCGAAAGACAUGUAAAGUAAAAAAAACCCAAACAGGAGAAAAGAAAAAAGAAAAUGGAAACCUGUUCACUUCCAAGAGCACUACCCUUACUACCAUCCUCAUCUUCGUCAGUCCCAACCAAACACCUCUCUCAAUUCCCAAUCUCUACCUCAAAACUAUACAAGAAUCAAACUCACUUAUCACACUUCACACCCAUCUCAGCAACUUUGAAUAGCCCAAGAGGCUUUGGAGCCUCCCCAAAGAAAACCAAGAUAACAAAGAAGCAAAAGAAAGGCUAUGACAGUGAUGAUGCUGAGGAAGAAAAAGAAGAAGAAGAUGAAGAGCCUGAGGAAGAGGCAGGUGUAAUACCAGAGGUGGUGACCAACAGGAUGAUGAAUAGGAUGGGGUUCUCAGUGGGUAUCCCUCUGUUCAUAGGGCUCUUGUUCUUCCCCUUUUUCUAUUAUUUGAAAGUUGGGUUGAAGAUUGAUGUGCCCACUUGGGUGCCCUUCAUUGUCUCAUUUGUCUUCUUUGGGACAGCUCUUUUGGGGGUGAGUUAUGGGAUUGUGUCCUCCAGUUGGGACCCUAUGAGGGAAGGCUCUCUCUUGGGUUGGAAAGAGGCUAAGAAGAACUGGCCUGUUUUCUGGCAGUCACUCAGGGGUAGUGGAUCUGGAAAGAAGUAGCACUUCUCUCUCUCAUCUGUAAUUUUUUUUCUCAUCCUUAUCUAUAUAUUUUGUUUACUCCAAAUAGAUAGUUAAUUGGUGAUGGCUUUUGUCAAUAAUGGGUAAUCCAUUUUGGGUUCUAGUCUCUGUCAA